CCGGCACCCGUCAAUGAUAGUUAUGCACGAACAUCUUGCAGUUUUCUUAUCAGGAACAUCGAGUCCACGCGCUUCAGAUACACCGAUCUCCCGUGCUACUACAUUCAAUGCAGCUCCGAACGACUCGCUCGAUGCACAGAGUGCGAUGAAUAUCAACUCAGAAUGACGGACACUUCUUGCCGAUAAGAGCCAGGCUCAUCAGACAUGGGGGGUUCUCAAUUGAGAUAAACCCGGUCAAGAGGCUCCAAACAGACUUCUCAAGUUCCCCGCCACUCUUGGACGUCGCACACCAUGUCCAGAUUGCCUCAGCCAGUGCAUCCCGUCCCGAACGUCGAGCCGACCCUGGGAGACGAGGAUACUAAGGACCUGGAGUGUCCUGGGGAAGAUCUACCUGCCGUCGGAAAGCGCCCGUUGUUCGUGUCUUCGAUCAGCAAGGACGAGCCGGUCGUGACACGGAGGGAACUCUGGAGCUACUAUCUCUACUACAACGGUGACAAUGGUGUCGGCCCGAACGGCUACUCGAUGACGCUGUUCCAGUCGCUUGCGUUCGCCGCUGGCUAUGAUCCCAUUGCUGGGCCCGGCUCGUCCUGCUCGGCAGCCAACGCGUCCGGCCAAUGCGUCGUGCCCUGGGGCCGCGGCCAUAAGAGCGUAACGAGCGUCGUGCUGGUAGCGAACGGCGUUAGCUUCGCGGUGAGUUGCGUUCGCAAUCCCUUCAAGCUCAUCUCGAUGUGAAUAGAUUAUGACGUUGAUCUUCACGACUAUCGGGAGUGCGGCUGACUACGGAACUUUUGGGCGCUGGCUGCUUCUUGCGGUCACGGUCGUCUGUUGGGGCGCACAGUUUGGAAGCAUGGCUUUGACCAAACCGUCUCGUUGGGGGGCUGCGAUGGCCUUAUAUAUGAUCGGAUUCAUCUCAUACGGCGCGACACUGGUCUUUUAUGCAGCGCUGUUCCCUCGCCUGGCCAGAAACACGGCCCACGCAAGCGAAAUCAGAACCCAAUACGAAGCUGAGAAGAUAUCGAAGGAAGAGUACGAGAAAGAGGAGAGCUUGGAGAAGAAUCUCAUCAGCAACAUCAGCACCGCUCACAGCAAUAUCGGAUACAUUGCUACCCUCUGUCUGAAUCUGUCUAUCUUGCUCCCUUUGAGCUCUAACGCACUCGUCGACAACUACACGAUCGUCUUAACUAAUAUGUAUUGGGUCCUUACCGGUGUCUGGUGGUUCAUCUUUCAGGAACCGCGUCCCGGCCCUCCGCUGCCGAAAGGAGAACACUACAUCACGAUCGGCUGGAAACAGAUCUGGGCAGCAUGCAAACAGUACAAACAGCUUCCGUACACUUUCAUCUACUUGUUCGCGUUCUUCCUCCUGGCCGAUGGCCUCAACACGACCGGAACCCUAGUUUCGAUAUGCCAAAACGACAAGUUCUCCUUUAGCUUCUUGCAGAACACGUAUCUGGGCCUGUCGCAAG